GUGCGGAAGACUCACAGUGCUGUGCGCAGGCUGAGGCUCGGGGUGAUGGUGCUACGGUGAGGAUGUCCCGCCGCAGUCCUCGUCUGGCCACCAACGACUAUUACCAGCACAACGACGACACCUCCAGCAGCAGCAGUGGCUCCGCCAAAUCCGGUGCUCCCUCUUACAAGGAGACUCCCGUCAGGUUGCACAAGAAAAGGUCAAACAGCAAGGGGCCGGGACCUGUACCUGGCGUUAAAGGUUCGCCGUCCAACAGUUCAGUCAACAGUCUGAGUAGCUACUUCAGCAACAUCAGCAACGCCUCCAAGCGCUCUCAGCACCUCGGCAGCUGCAGCGGCUGGCAGGAGCCCGUCGCAGUCGGAAGGCCGUCCAGCUUUGAGGACAGCUACAAAGACAAAGUAAACAGAGCAUCCGGCAGGAUGGGGAUACUGACAGCGCCUUCCACUUCUUCCAACAUCUACUUGUCAUCGACAUCUGGUUACUCCUCCCAGGAUGAGCUGCAGGGUUUGGCCUACUCUGAAUCAUUCUCUCCCCUUGCCAACCUGUGGGGCUGGAUCUCGCUGUUGUCUCCAGAAAAAGCUUUGCCCCUGGUGUACUGGUGGUUGGGCACAGCCUUGUACCAGUUAACAAUGGCUAUCUCCUUGAUCGAUGUCUUUACUCCUUUCAGGUACGUGAUCAGGGGAUCCACAGACUCCCUUCCUCCACCUGGUCAACUGAAGCAGAGUCACCCAUCCCUGCUGCCUCCUCCAUCUCCUCCCCACCUCUGUACUGAACACACCCUCCCACAGGACACCCAGUCACACUGAACCCCUGAUAAACUCACCACAGAACAGCCCACACUCACUGCUACAGGUAAACUCGCCGUAGAACAGCCCAUUCUCACUGUACCCAACAAUGCCUUACAACGCUUUCAGCAGCAGAGACCCAGAUUCCAUCCUGACUACGGGUGCUGUCUGUUCAGAGUUUCUACGUUCUCCCCAUGACCUGAGUCGGUUUUCCCCGGUACCUCCGGUUUCCUCCCACAUUCCAAAGACGUACAGGUUUGUAGGUUGUAGGUUGAU